ACCGAUGGUUAAUCCAUGGUACAAUGGACAAAUGCCCUUGUGGAUACAGAUCCAGGUGUUCCGCCGGUGUAUAAUCCAUUUUGGCCUCUGGUGUGGACCCCCCAUCUCGACUCUCUGGUAGAGGACAGAGACUUUCCCUUUCCAGUCGGUCUCGUUUACACUGGGGUGUACACUUUCGCUGGAGGUCACGUGAAGAGGGGCUUCCGAACGAACGAUGUGCCGCAAACGGUACCGACCAUUGAAUUCGACGGACAAAUGGUCCCUUACCACGACACCGCCCAGAAAUCCUACUCCCACAUCGAGAUCCCAUUCUUCCAGAACGCUGAUUGGAGCUCAUACUUGCCCGGAUUCACGUUCACCCUGGGGUUCUGCGUGGACCCAGGUUCUCCACCAGACGCUGCUCUCAUCACUAAUGCUGACUGUAAUUUCACCGCCUCCGUGGAGCUCACGCUUAGAGGUGGUAACACACUCGAGGCUAUGGUCCGCACUCAAGGUGGCCCAGAGGAUAAAAUUUCUCUGCCUUUACCGGCACCAAGGCCAAGUGGUUGUUACUUUGCCGGAUUUUCCUACACACGUGCUACCAACCAGAUGCUUUUAUGGUUGGAUGACGGUUCUUCCAUAACAGGAACAGCCUCAGGACCACCGAGGAAAAUCAAUCAAAAUCCGUUAUUCUUCGGAUACAGUUGCUAUGGUUACCCUGAUACGUCACCGCCACGUGCUCUGGAUGGAGCCAUGGCUGCAAUUCAUAUCUGGGGUGACCGGGCAAUGAACAUAGCCGAAAUGAACAAUGAGUGUCUUUUGGCUGGAUUCUGUCCUGUAUAGGAGUAUCGUGGCAAGAUGAAACCCGAGGCCUUGACACGGACUUUCAGUGCCAGAUGUUUGAAACGCCUGCCAGUGAUAAUUACUGCAGCGUUGUGAACACUCAGCAUGCUGUCUAUCGCGAGGUGUGAACAGUACUAAAACACGUCGAUGUAAUUUAAGUUUUAUGGCAUGACUUAAUGGAUGAUUCAUCUAAAAGUAAGAUUUCAUAGGCUGCAGUUAAUGGAUUUUUUUCUGAUACACUUUCAGCAUCAUUCCUGUAAGUUGUUGCACCUUUGACGAUAAUGGUAUGCUGAAUGUUUCUAUGUAUUU